UCCAAUGCAUAAAUCCUUAUCAUCUAAGCCCCAAGUGGGAACUUUUCCCUGGCAAUUUCUCUCUCUUUCCUUACAAUUUGCUCUGAUCGCUUUUCAGACUCGGACCUCGCAGUUUCAGAUGAACACUAAGCUAAACCUCGUUGGUUCCUUCAAUUUUUUUAACUUUUUGUAGUCAAUCCCUUCCCACGAAUACAUCAUAGGGAAUUUCUUCUACCGAUUAAUCUACAAUCAUCAUCAGCAACGGUCUGUCUCAAAAUGUUAACUAGUGCAAAGCUCCUUAUCCUUUUAUUUCUGGUCCAAGUACACCAAAUCUGCUAUUCUGCAAGCAACAACUCCUGCAUUCCUUCCUCUUGUGGCCACAUCCGCAACAUUAGCUACCCUUUCCGAUUGAAAACCGAUCCUGUAAUCUGUGGCCAGGAAGAGUAUGAACUUGCUUGCGAGAAUAACGUUCCUGUAGCAUUUUUUUCAGCAAAAUAUUAUGUCAAGGAAAUCAAUUACAAUAACUUCACCAUCCGCCUGGCAGAUUCCGAUGUACAAAGCAAUAACUACUGCUCUCUUCCUCCUUAUCCUUCAACCACCGCCUAUUCUUUUCCCUCAUUGUUUUACAGUGCAUAUCCUACGCUGCAAUAUAUCUAUGGCUCUGGCUCUUUAUAUCAGGACUUGGUUUUCGUAACUUGUCCAAAACCAGUCAUUACUGAAGUUUAUGUGGAUGCUUCUCCUUGCAACAUCACUUAUAAUUCCUCUUCUUCCUCCCCCAAUUCGGAAACGGAAGGUUAUUCUUACGUUAAAGUUGGGUCUGAUGGUGCAAUGGAUUUGGAGGACUCUUGCCGUAUCGAGCGAAUUUAUAUUACAUCUUUGUUGCCAAAAGAUUUAAAGAACGUUUCCUAUGCAGAUGUUCACCGUAGUUUGGUAUAUGGGUUUGAGCUUUCAUGGUUUUGGGGUUGCUGCCGGAAUUACACAGAAAACGGCUGCAAGCUAGAUGCUGCUACCAUCAUCGACCAUUGCAAUCCAGGAUCCGGGAUCAUUCAAUUUCCUCAGCUGCGUUCCCUCCUUCUCAAGCUAGAAAAAACUGUCCUCGGUCGUCUACUCCGACGACUCGGUUGGGAUCCGUCACUUUAUUUUGAUUUGGAUUUGCAAGGUUAUGUAUUGGCGCUCCUUCGAUAUGCUCUUGUUCUUUUUGUGUUGUAUCGUGCUCCGUUAUACCUUUGUGCAGUACUUUGGGCUAUCAUAUUUUUUAGUUAUAGGUGGCGAAGGAGGCAUUUUUCAGAAUAUGGUACAAUUGAAGAAUUUUUGGGAAGUCAUAAUAAUCUUAUGCCCGUUAGGUAUUCAUAUUCGGAUAUUAAGAAGAUCACCAAUGGUUUCAAAGAUAAGUUGGGUGAAGGAGGUUAUGGCUCUGUAUAUAAAGGAAGGCUUCGUAGUGGUUACUUUGCAGCAAUAAAAAUGUUGGGUAAAUCCAAAGCUACUGAUGGUCAAGAAUUCAUCAGUGAAGUUGCUACAAUUGGAAGAAUUCACCAUGUUAAUGUGGUGAGACUUAUUGGAUUUUGUGCUGAAAGAUCUAAACGAGCUCUUAUAUAUGAAUUUAUGCCCAAUGGAUCUCUUGAUAAGUACAUAUUCUCUCAGGAAGUUAGCACUACAAUAAGCAUCAAGAAAAUGUAUGAGAUUUCAGUUGGAAUAGCUCGUGGCAUUGAAUACCUGCAUCGAGGUUGUAAUAUGCAAAUCUUGCAUUUUGAUAUCAAACCUCACAAUAUCCUUCUUGAUGAAAAUUUCAUUCCAAAGGUUUCAGAUUUUGGACUAGCAAAAUUAUAUCCAACAGAUAAUAGUAUUGUGUCUCUCACAGCAGCAAGAGGAACAAUAGGUUACAUGGCUCCGGAGUUGAUCUAUAAAAGAAUUGGAUGCAUCUCUUACAAAGCUGAUGUCUAUAGUUUUGGAAAGUUAUUGAUGGAAAUGGCUGGAAGAAGGAAGAAUUUCAAUGCAAUCGAGGAGCAUUCGAGCCAAAAAUAUUAUCCUUCAUGGGUUUAUGACCAAUUUAAUGCAGGAAAAGACAUAGAAUUAGGAGGUGCUACAGAAGAGGAAAGGAAAAUAAAGAAGAUGCUUAUAGUAGCAUUAUGGUGUAUACUACUGAAACCUGCUGACCGUCCUUCAAUGCAUAAAGUCGUAGAAAUGCUUGAAAGUGACAUUGAAUGCCUAGAAAUGCCUCCAAAACCUACAUUUUAUACACAGGAAAUUCCUAAAGAAAAUUUUGAACUUAAAGCAAGCAAAGAGUUAACAAAGGUAUCAAGUAGUUAUUUAGAUUCUAUUAGUUGGAUGGUCAAUGGACGUUAAAUUGUGUAUUCUCAUAAAUAUUGAAACAAAAUUCUAUUGGCCCAACAAUAUUGUAUCUAUAAUUGAAUUGAGAAUGAAAAUGUGAUUCCCUUUAAACCACAUCAAUGGAAGGAAUGUUUGUCACA